UAUUUUUAUCGUGUAUAAAAAUGAGAAGAGGCCAGUGUUUUGUUUUGGUGCAAUUCUGUGUAAUUACUCUAGCAACUAAACCGAGAAGUGUAAACCUCGCUUUAGAAACAACAUUUGAAUUCAAUAAUAAACAAGACGUAUCGAUUAUUCAAAAAGUUCGUAAUUUCUUAAAUAAAAUUGAAAAUGUCGUUGAUAAGAAAUUAGCUAAACGUAACGGAGAGACAACAGAAUUCACAGAUUUCUUACAAGAUUUAAUUUCAACAAUCAAUACUUACGAAGAUGAUGAUUUUAAACAAGUAUUCAGAGUUCUAGAUAACGUUGUACAUAAUUUUAAAUCGAAAGAUAACAAAUUCAAUCAGAUAUAUAACGAAAGAUUAAAAUAUAUACUAGCAAAUAUGUUGAAAAAAAUAAACAAAGCGCCAGCUAAAUUUCUAAGAAGUCAAUUGAAAAAAAAUCUAAGAGUCAUUCAAAAGAAAGAUAUAAAUUUAGAUUUUUUAAAAUUUUUAAAUAUGAUUUAUAAGAAGAAAUCAUCGACAGCAUUAAAACAGACGCUGGAUAAUUUCAAAAAUUACGGUAAAAAAACACGAACAUCUGACGUGGAUAUGAAUUUAAAAGACAUUAUAGAGAAAGCUGUCAAAUCUAUAAUCUAUGACCAAUAUAAUAAUUUAAAUUCAGAUUCGCAAAAAGAAGUUCAAAUAUGGAUAAAGGAAUUAACAAAAAAUCCCGACGACGAUGAUGAUAGUUUAAAAAGGGAAACCCCGAAAAUACAUUACAAAAAGAAAAAACACGAUAUUACCAGAGACAAAUAUACAUUCGUAACAUUAUAUCCUGAAAUGAUAACGUAUAAUAUAAAAUAUCUAAAUAAAAUAUCUAGACAGAAAAAGAGGGAAAAAAAUAUAAAAGAAAAAUACAAUGAUUACAAAGUUAAAGAAUUUAGUCCGGUGUCUAACGAUGGCUCUAACAGUUCCAGCAGUUUGGAAUACGAUUGGCAAACACGACCAACACGAAAGAGAAAAGUAACACCACAAUGGCACACAAUACCUAGACCGUUGAAAGUAAGAGUCACAAGAAAUAAUCCAUUUGGUAUAUACAAUAAUGCGUACAAAUUUCAAUUGCCUCAAAUGCUUAGAAGAACAGAAUUAGAUGAGAAAGACUCGAACAAAACUAAUAACGAAACUUGUCCGAAAGAAAUUAUUACCGCGAAUUAUUUGUCAAAGAUUAAAAACCUCGAAGAUGAGUUACAAAGAGUAAGAGAACAAUUGAAAGCUAAAAUUACCACAUUAAAAAAAGAUAACCAUGGUACAGAUGAUAAAGAAAUAGACAAAGAUAACGAAUUAUACUUCAGAGUAUCCGAUUUAUCUUCUCCUGUAACAUUAAAAAGAGAUUUAACAAAAAGACCUAAAAUGAUGGAAUACAAAUUAAUCGAAUUAAAAAAUAAAACAGAAGAUAAUACAACUAAAUACAGUGAAGAAUUUUCUCACGAAUCUAGAGAAAUGUCAUUUGAUGUACCAUAUAACAUGACAUACAGAUCGACAAAUCAAUCUAUUUAUAUAUCUAAUCAGACGUCAAUGGAAAUAUUCUCGCCAGAAACUACAUUUAAAUAUAAUAUAACUACAAUAAAACCUAUAAUAAAUAUCCCAAAAGUAACAAAUACGACGUAUUUAAAUGAAAUUGAAAAUACAACAAAAUUGAUUAAGGAAAAUAAUACUGUCAGUCAAGAAAUUUCAAAUUAAAAAUAUCUCU